GCCGAGGCCGAGGCGGAGCUCCAGGCCAUCGAGGUCGCGUACGCCGCCGAGUCCGGCAAGCGCCGCCAACUCCCCGACUGGUCCAAGGCACUCGCCCCCGCCUCCGUCUGCCCAUGGCCCAACCCAGUCCCCUCGCCCCCCUCUUGCCAAGUGGACUUCACAUUCCAAAGGAGGGACAGAAGAGCAGUCUACCUGACAAGGACAUGGCAUAGGUUGCAGACAAAUACUGAAAAUUUUGACUGGAGUAACAAAGGCAUAACAGUAGAAAUUACAGGCGAAUGUGGAUGUUGCACACUAUUGUGAAGGUGUAGCACUGCCCAAUUAAAUUUCCACUUCACAUAUCUACUUCCAUUUCUACUACAAAUUCACCUUUUCAACAGCAGACGCGGGGCAGAGAGGUCAGACGGCGAGGAGGAGCAGCAGCAUCAGACGGCGAGUAGGAGCAGAAGCAUUAGACGGCGAGGACUCGAUCGGGGGGCGUUGGCGUCGCCCAACAGCAGCAGCGUCAGAGGCUGGAGGGAAUCGCGGCG